UCCGUGUACUUUGAAAAUAUCUGGGGAGAGCCGUCAGUGGAAGUCAAAACCGGUAACCGCGCGAUUCAGUCUUUUGUAAGAAAAACUGAUGGUUAAUUUGAUUUAGCACAAUUUAUAGUAGCAAAUAUUCGCAAACAUCUGUAAUUUAUUACACUACGCUACGGUCGUUGUGUUCAUGGAAUAGUGGUUUAUGCCAAUACGAACAAAGGCCUAUUGUUUCAACGGUUGAUGGAAGAAUGGGAGCUCUGAUGGGCAUCUUUGCCAGUACGGUGCUACCUGUGCUGGCGAUCCUGUUUGUAGGAGCCAUUGCGGUAAUCAAUCUAUUUCUUAACAUACGGAAACGUUUCUCAGUUCGGGUGAACUGCUGGUUCUGCAACCGAAGCACCAAAGUCCCGUACGAUAAUUCCAACUCGUGGGUUUGUCCUAGCUGCACUCAGUACAAUGGUUUUACGGAAGACGGCGAUUACAACCGGGAAAUUCCGGAACAGUUUCAGUGUCGCUUGAACCCCACCUCAAACAUUACCGAUGACGAUAAAAUCUCCUAUUCUGUGCCAUAUAAUGGGCUCUGCUUCGGCUGUAAUCGCAAUCAGGAACUUAAGAUCCAUCAGCUGGCGUCGUUUGUUCCGGACGUGGAAGAGAAUUACGACUUCGAAGUGGAAGAAUAUCAGCGACAGUUGGAGCAAACCUACAAGUUGUGUUCGCGCUGCGAACGUGUCCUCAAGCGUACGUUGAAUGAAGUCAAGCGUAACAUUCUUGGCUCCAAACUGGCCCAAAUUGGAACCAAAGGACUGAAGGUGCUAGAUUUGCAUAUGGCAGCCAGUGAUAAGCAGAAUGCUUUCCAGAAGCGACAGACGGUCGCAUCUCUUUGCUUAUGGAUGAUCAUCGUUCUACUGGCGGUAAAGAUCGGCCAACGUGUGGUUCAGGUUGAGCUUAGUCGAGAUCGGCUUGAGAUGGUGUUUAGUUCGACGGUUACUCAAACGAUCCUGAUUGCUGUUUCGUAUCUGCUUGCGAUCCGACACACGCUAACGACCCUUUGGAACGGUAUUUGGGAGCAACCAGCAGUUGUAGACGGUCUCAAUCAGCUGAGCACGGUAAAGGAGUUUCUUGUCAGCGGGUGGCAACGACACGGCAUAGAUAUUUCGGAAACUGUUUCCGAUGGGGACCAUGAAUUAUCAAAAGGAAUGAGUGAUAAUGGUCUUCUCAAUUUGGCACUACUGGCGCUGGCAGCGAUGUUGCUUGGCGCAAAAUCACACGUCGACUGUUCCAAACCAAUUGUGUUAAUGUUGUGCUGUGUGGGCGAAAUGGUUUUCGGCACUGAGUAUGGUUUAGCUCUAUUGGGAAAGGAAUCGUCCCACGUGUUGGUCGAGGUAUUCCUAUCAUUCAUCGCUCUGAUUGCAGCAAUCGGCUGUUUAGGCCAAACAGCUCCCAAAAUUCAACCAUCGGACGACCUAAACACCAGCUUUCAUAAAAUCUACUCCCAGCAAGCAACCGAGUGUGACUAUUCGGAUGCAUCGGAACAUCAUCAACAAAGCCAGACUUUCGCCAAUGACGCGAGUGUCAAGUCUAUGGACACAACUAAAUCAAUUAGCCCUUCCGUUCUGUCCGCUUCGACGGUUCGUCCCUUCCUGGACUGUUCCUUCAGUGUCCUUUCCUCGCCAAAAUCAACCUUCGGUGGGUCCGUUUUGAGUGUCAAUCGCUUAAAUACCACUAUUCAAGAGCAACCGACUCGAACGUUCAGUCGGCAAAGUCUGCUUCAACCGGAAAGCUCUUUAUUGAAGACACCUUCCUUCUCCGUGGAUAAUUUUACCACUGCCACCACCGCUGCGCCCGUUAAUCGCGGUUUCCACAAAUACGGCUACUCGAUGAAUGCCUUAAACCACUCGACUUUCAUGGAAGACCGCUUUGGCGAUGAUAUCGAUCGGUUGAGUAUCAGCGGUCGAAUGUCCGUCUCCCGGAAGGAUCUCUCAAUGGUCAAUAAUCCGUUCGCAACACAUCAUGUCGAUAACGACGAUAGUUUCUCACUGCGCCAUCGAAAAGUAACCAUUUCUCCGCCAAAAUUAGGUGCAAUCGCCGAAUCCGGUAGUUCCUGGAUCGCCGGAGGCUACUGGGGCAUGUCACCACAAAAGAACGAACCAGAAUCGAGUGGAACGAUCGGUGCUUUCUCCCAGCAACCCUUCAUGUCUCGAACAUCCUCGCAAAGUUCCGGUUUCGAAUCGCAACCGACUCGUCGUCCAACGCCGGAAGAACCACCAACGGAUCUCGAUCGCGUGUCGCUAUUCUCCGAACCUGCUGCAAUCUUCCAUCAAUCCCAACAAUCAAACCCUCGGCUAAAUCAAUCGCUCACAUUUCCAGUGUCGCAACAUUCGCCUGUUCCAUCCUUUGUUCCGUUUGCUAGCAGCAGCAGCCGCAAUCUGUUUGGAGAACGCAGUCUUUUCCAGCAGAACCCGUCGGUAAAAAUGGCGAUGACGCAAAGGCAACCGUUUCCACCGCAGCAAUCGCAAACACCGCCGGUUUUUGGAGGUGGCGGUCUAUCUACAGCCACUCAGUUCCAGCACCUAUCAUCCGGGUUUGGUCCAUUUUUACAGUCUGCUAGGAAACCAGCGGAGGUUGCUAACGGCAGUCAUAGACGUAGUCUGCUCAAUCUGAGUAAGUUGGGUGAACUGCCGGAAGAGAAUUGUUCCGCUCCGGACAAAUGAUGUUCACGAAACUGUUAGGAAAUUUGUAGGGUAGGUUUUUCGUAUUUUUUAUUGUUCAUUUUGUUGUAGUCUAAGAACGGAAUAGUUUUAAACUUUUUUUUUCGUUAUGAUUAAGUAAUUUGUAAUAUCAAGUAACGUUUCAUUUUUGUGUGAUAAUACUCGACUGAUGUGAAAAUGAAAAAAAAUCGACCAACAACAAAACAGUCCUCCUUGUUAAAACCAAUUAAGCAACAAACAGAAAUAGUCUUUCAAUCUUCAACGCACACAUAAGGUCCGUAGCAUUUUCAAACCAUAACACAGCAGACUGCCGAGAACUUUAAAAGAUAUUGUUAGUGUAAGUUAUAAAUGAGUUGAUGGUGAAUAAAUUAGACACCAAAAUAUAUAUUCUGCUGAAGUAUUUA